UUUGUGUCUAACCUCUGCGUACUCGUGUUCAAGAUGCCGUGUCUGACUGCGGGGGGUUAGGGUUACCGCCCGUCCAACGCGUAGCACUGCGCAGCCAACUCCUGCUGCCAAGACGCUUUGCAACCCCACAGAACAAACUCCAACCGGCGAACGCAAAGGAACCCCGACUCUGACUUCCCGCACGGCGCUAUUAUACAUACAGUACAUUCCUCAGCCUUGGCACAUCUCGGCUCCGUGUCCGUGUAAAAAAAGCUUCCUCCACCCACUCCCCCUCUGCGAUCGUCGAUACGUCUUUCACACCCCAACCACAACAAAAAACACCACGCGCAUUUACAAAACGCCAAGAUGUCCCUUGGAUCGGAACUCAAGUCGGGGAAAUUCACCAUCUACGCUCAGUGGGCGGCGAUCUUAUCAGUGCUAUUUCUGAUAAUAUUCAGCAUCACGAACAUCAUCUCGCUGCUCCUCUUUGCGAUCUUGGCAUGGAUCGAAGCCUUCUUCAUGAUAUGGCUGGAAAUUCCGCUGCUUACGGUGUGCUGCCCUGGUGGACCUAAGAUUGACGCCUUCCAACGCUUCUUUCAAAACACACUCUUCCGAUCGAUCCUGUAUGCCGUCUUCGCCGUCGUAAUGUGGCUCUCGAUCCUCUCCAGCGCGUCAACGCUCAUCAUCGCUGCGAUAACGCUGUCUUUUACCAGUAUCUUCUACUUCAUCAGCGUCUUUAAAAAGGAACCCCUGGAGCGUUCGGGCAUGACGGGCGGCGGAGGCGUUGGCGCCGCUGCUGCCGGGGCUAGCGGGAGGGGGUUGGUCUGAUUAGUUCUUCCCCCAUGGAUAUUGGGUUCUGGACUGCAUUGGGAGUGUGUCGCGGCGACAAGGGGACGGAAAUAUAGGAUAGCGGGACGUACAGUUUUUCGUUUGUGGAUGUUGAUCGGUUUUGAGGAGGGAUGACAAGAACACAUGCCGGUUGAUGUGGACAUGUGUAAAUUC